AAAGAACAUUGUUGAAAUAUAUACCGUUCAGUGUUGUGUUUGUACUUUCUUCCAUUAUAUUGGUAGAAUUGACUGCAUAAAAGUUUAGUAGCUGUCUCUCUUAUACUGACAAUAUUAAGAGCAACGUCCACGAAAGUGGAGAAAGAGUAGUGAAUUAACUACGUUUAACCUAUAUAAGCAUUAAAAGUUAGAUUUUCUUAUUAGCUCUUUCGUAACUUCGGUUUUCAACUUUCAACUAUGUCUGGAUAUCCAUAUGGGGGUAACCCACCUCAAUAUCCUCCACCUCAAAAUCAAAUCUACCCUCAAAUUUACAACCCAACAAAUGCCUCACCUGUCCAGGCGAUCCCUGGAUAUCCAAGUGGGCAAAAUCCCCAAUUUCCAUACCAGCCUGGCUUUGUAGUCUAUCCUACACAACCUCUGCCAGGCCAGUUGCCGCCUGCAGCGAUGUCCUAUCCAGGAGCACCAGCAGCACCUCCAAAUUAUGGUUACCAAGGAUUCCCUAAUGUUGCUCCUCAACCAUCAUAUGAGCCUGUAGUGGAAUGGAUUCCAACAACUCCAAAUGAGGCCCAUAUGUUUGGUAACCGAGCAGUUGUUGCUGGCUAUGAAGGAUAUGACCAUAGUCCUUUAUGGGUCAUAAGGGCCAGAUUUGAAGGUGAUCUUAUACCUGGUAAACUUGCCAUUCAGCACAAGGCCGCUUAUGUGCCCUGGGGUGGUGCUGAAAAUGCAGUUCAUAAUAUUGAGGUGUUAUGUGCUCGUCCAGAAUGUAUCCGUUGGGUUGAUUGCUGUGAAAGUUCAAUACCCCCAAAUGCUAUAGUUGCUGGUAAUACUUCUGAAGGUGAACCCUUGUAUGUGGGAAGAGCCAGAGAACAGGGAUCACUCACACCAGGAAAGGUCCACCCGAGCCACAGAGCUAUGUAUGUUUCAUUCGCCGGAAAAGAGAUUUCUCAUAAGACAUACGAAAUACUAUGCACCGUUUAGUUAUUUAAAAAGAAUUUAUUAUUUAUCUGAAUUUUGCUAUUGUUUUAAAGUAUUAUUUCUUUUAAUAUGCGGUUUGUAAAGUACUGAGACACUGUAAUAGUCUCGUUUAUUCCUAUUGUUAAUCUUAGGAUAAGCAAAAGAUGUUAUUUUGUAAUUUUUCUACGAUUUAAAACAUUGUUGCAUUUUAAAUAAACUGUUUAUUUUGUAUUAAAGUGUUUUUAUGGAGAA